AUGAACUACUGCAUGCAAGAAAUGUGUGAGACACAAGUGGCAGUCAAUAGCAACUACUACAUGCAGUCACCAGAUUAUUACAUGCAUAGAGAGGACAACCAGAUUUAUAGUGGUUUUAAUGUUCAGGCUCCUUACAGCAACAACAUUUGCAUGGACCAGACCUGGAUUGUGAAUCAGACUUCCAGUUACCCUGGAAACGAGUUUCAGAACGAGUAUUGUAAUAUGAACACAAGUAUGAACCGCUUUUUCCAGGCUGAAUAUUUUGAUGAUCAUAAAGAUGUUUUUUGUCAAGAUCAGUCACCAUCUUUCUCACCAAGGAAAGGUUAUAUACCAAGCUAUCUGGAUAAAGAUGAACUUUGUGUUGUGUGUGGUGACAAAGCCACAGGCUAUCACUAUCGCUGUAUCACUUGUGAAGGGUGUAAGGGCUUUUUCAGGAGAACCAUACAGAAAAACCUUCAGCCAGCAUACAGUUGUAAAUAUGAAGGAAAAUGCAUCAUCGACAAAGUAACAAGAAAUCAAUGUCAGGAAUGCCGGUUCAAAAAGUGCAUUGCUGUUGGCAUGGCAACUGACUUGGUGUUGGAUGAUGGCAAACGUUUAGCAAAACGCAAACUAAUAGAAGAAAACAGAGAAAAGAGACGUCGAGAGGAACUGACAAAGGCACUUAUAAACAAACCUGAGCCGACAGAUGAGGAAUGGGAACUUAUCAGAACAGUGACGGAAGCCCACAUGGGCACUAAUGCUCAAGGAAAUCAUUGGAAACAGAAGCGAAAAUUCCUGCCUGAAGAUAUUGGGCAAGCACCAAUAGUGAAUACAGCUGAAGGGAGCAAGGUAGACCUGGAAGCGUUCAGUGAGUUUACAAAAAUUAUCACACCCGCAAUUACAAGGGUAGUGGAUUUUGCCAAAAAGCUACCUAUGUUUUGUGAGUUGCCGUGUGAAGACCAGAUAGUCCUUCUGAAAGGCUGCUGUAUGGAAAUCAUGUCCCUGAGGGCAGCUGUUCGCUAUGAUCCUGAAAGUGAGACUUUAACUUUGAAUGGAGAGAUAGCUGUCAAAAGAGAACAGUUAAAAAAUGGAGGCCUUGGUGUCGUAUCAGAUGCAAUUUUUGAUCUGGGAAUAUCUUUGUCUGCAUUCAACUUGGAUGACAGUGAAGUAGCUCUGCUCCAGGCUGUGCUUUUGAUGUCUUCAGAUCGGCCUGGCCUUACCAGCAUAGAUAAAGUGGAAAAAAUCCAGGAGUCCUUUCUCCUUGCAUUUGAACACUACAUUAAUUAUCGCAAGCACAAUGUGGCUCACUUUUGGCCAAAACUACUGAUGAAGGUGACAGACCUGCGAAUGAUUGGAGCCUGCCACGCAAGCCGCUUUCUUCAUAUGAAGGUGGAAUGUCCAACAGAACUUUUUCCACCAUUAUUCCUGGAAGUUUUUGAAGAUUAGGAGUCUGACUUUAAAUGGAUGCACUACCCUAAUAUCUGUGAACUGCAUUAGCACUACUGAGCAGUGUUUCAUGGGAUUUCACAGAGUACCUUUUCCAGAUAUGGUGAGAAACAUUCCAUUAAUGCGGGUACGAGUGAUUUUGUGAACGUAGCUUUUUGUACACAUUUCUGCUUAUCUUGUGGACUAAUGUUGUUCAUUUCAUUUUCAAACAAGAUAAUACGGUAGAAUAUUGCUUUGUGGUAAGGAACUCCAAACUCCAGGUGUCAUAUGAAUUUUCUUUUGCAUAGAUCUUUAAUAGAUUUAGUAUGACAAAAUAUGCUGCAGCUACAGCUGCAAGCUGGCUACCAUUGUAUAAGGCUGAUUCAAUAAGGAAACUGCAGAGCUACACCAUGUUCUGGAACCAAAAUGCAGGCAUGAACACAAUAACAGAGAGUUCCUCCCUCUCCCCUCACCAAGAUCUGAGUUGUGGUUUGACCAUUAUUCAUUGAUCAUUUAAGUACCCAGGACUGUGAAGACUGGGUAAAAUUGAUGCAGUCGGAGUGUACAGUGUUGAUACAAUGAACAUAAAUAAAUGACAGUUCAUCAGCAUUUCACUACAGUACAGGAAAAAAAAGAGGAUGGAAUAACACAAUAAGUUGCUAUUUAUACUCCAGCCUUCUCCUUCAAGCUGCCAAUUUCAAAAUGUAAGUGGAUAUAAAAUAUAAACUUUGUGCAACAAACCACAAUCCCAAUCAGACUCUUUAAAGUGUCAGCCAGAGAUUUCAAAUAGAAAAGGUCAGUUUUGCUCUUAGAGUCAUUCUCCUCAGAUUGGAAUUGAGGCUUGUGAGCAAAGACUAUUCAGAGCUCCGUCCUGGCUUUGGCUGUGCUGCACCUGAUAUUCAGGUGUUUGACACUGACAUUGAGAACCAGCUUUCUUUGAUCAAAAGAAGUGGUAAUUGUGACAUGGCCUAGCCUUCUAUAUUACACUGACAUCAAAUCUGGAGCUGAGAGGAGAAGGAGUAACUUUCUGACUGCCGACAGUUUAUAAAAUCAUUGUUAGUACCUACACACACAGAUUUAAGCUGUUGUUCUGGAACUCGUCAUUAGGAUCAUGCUCGAUCUUACUACACAUCAACUUAUCAACUCCAGGAAAAAAUAGACACUCAAAAAUAAUUCUUUUAUUUAGAUCUUUACAUUUGCUCAUUACCGUAUGUUAUUUCCCACAGCUUAAUAGAGCUCAUAUUUACUUGGUGCUAAUCCAUUUGCAGGUAGAGCUUUAAUGCCAGCUGCAAAAUGGUGCUAUAAUGACUGAAGCUUUAUUUCUUCGAACUGUGGGAAUAAAUAUUAGCAUUAACAUUUUUUAAUAUAUAUGCCUUGAUACUGAAAUCCUUACAGUGCCAUUUGGUUGUAUUCAUGAUUAGCAGUAAUGCAUCCUUGCAACUAUUCUAGGUCCUGGUUAAUAUUGCUGAUGAAAACUGCAGGACUGCAAGCCUUGAAAAUGUAGGCUUUUACCUGCAGUCUUCCCUGUAUUCUACCAAUAGUGGUUUCCUAACGAAUGCACACCCUAACCAGUUACCUUGUCAUUUUAGAUGCACCUCUGUUGACCUGACAGGAUUUUGUUGAUAGAAAAUUAAAGUUCCAUGUAUAAUUGUCUUAGAAGACCAAAGCCAGACCUUUGAAGCAACUGGUUGGUCCUGGCAUGACUAAACCAAAGGUUUUUGAGUUUGAUUUUGUUUUGGCCGCCUAUAGUCACAGUUCUACCUGGAAUGCACCACACAGCAAGAAACAGCAGCAAAUACACAAAUUUACCGACAGGCAAGGAGAUAAAGGUGGGGAUGCAGGGGUGUUAGGUGGCGGAGGGAAAGAUGGGACAAAAUGUUUUGGGACAGAAAGAAUGCAUUCAACCAGAGGAGUAAGGUAGGUGAUUACAUUAUUAUUUUUGAGGAAGAAUUUAUUGCAUAAUUUUAAAUAAAUUGGUCUUCUAAACUGGGUUUAGUUGGUAAAUUACAUAUACUUUGGCAUUCUUUGUAUUAAUUCUGAAUGCUUUGUAAAGUAACAGGUGAGUUAUCCAAAUGCCCACUAGUCACUACUUAGCUGAGCACACAGGUUAAGAAUAUUGAAUGCACAGACAAUCAGGAUAAAAAUAACUGCGUAGAAAGCCAGAAUUCUAUUUUUGAUAAAUGAGGCACAUUAAUUAUUAACAGAAUGAUAUGCCUAAGGAAAGAAAGCCACUUUUGUUAAAAGAAAUCAUACCAGGUAUAUCAUGUUUGCACAGUAUUGAAUAAAUUUAUGAUAUUCCUUGGUAUUGGAAUAAAAGAACGACUACUUUAAAGAAACAAAGAAAACUACACAUUUUCGAUCCUGUUUUGACAAGUAUUUAAGUGCUGUGAAACUAUGACAGUUUGUUUUUUUUUCUCAUUAGCUAUAAAGUCCUUUGUGAAAGGAAGACAACACUGGCUAAGAGGUAGCAAGUAAGCCUAAAGUUGUACUGUAGGAAAUAUAAUUGGUUUGAACUCUGGCAUCAGCAACUAUUAGAAUGUUUUGAAUAUUCCAUAAAUUAAAUUUCAGUUUGCUGUUUAUAUACAAACUGGUACAUUUCCGAAUGUAUUCCUGUUAGGGUCUGUGUUACAUAAAGCUGAAGUAUUCGUAUGGGACAAGAAUGUUUUGAUGAAGAUAUCUCUGCUUUAACUGCCUUUGAAUUUAAUGUCUGUUUUGUUGAUCAGCUUGCUUUCCUGCCAUAUCAACGCCACAAAGUUAUGUGGUUUUAAAAUAGCCUGUCUGGUCAUUCUGAACUUUUGCUCUUUAAAGUGUGUUUCUUUCUGGUGCUUCAUGUGAAAAUUGUGUUGUGAGAUUCUUAAGUGAUGCCAGUGGCAACUAAUAUUGAAUGUCCUUUGUAAUGGAGAGAAUGAGAAGUCGAUACAAAACACUAAACAAAAUAUUAAUGUUUCAUUACUCUAGAACAUCUCUAUCAGAAAUACAACCCAAAAUUUUCUGGAAUCCUAUCUGAUAGGUUUAGGCUAUCUAGAGUGCAUCAUCUCCCCACCACAGUUUCCACCCAAGAAAAUCUUGUUUUUUUUUUAAGCUCUCUUUACUUAAAAUCAAUAAUUCUUUGAACAUGAGGAAAAAAGGCUUCAAUGUGAGUUAUAAACAAGAUUGUUCUGGAACAACGGAUGGAGAACUGAGUAAAUUGUAGUACACUGUAUUCUCUGUUCAGUUACAUAUGAUUUGAUUAAUCUACUCGUGGAGGACUUUGGAAUAUGCAGUCUAUUUCACUCAAGAAUGAGCCUCUCAUCCUUUGAUUUUCUUAAGGAUUAUAUCCAGUGCUUAUUCUAAAUAAAUUCCAUAUCCCAUUGUCUUCAGCCAUAUCAUUACAGAUUCAAAAGCAGUGAAUGAACCAAAAUGCUCAGGAUUUUCACUUCUAAGUUUUUGGCAAUGUAUAAGUUGACAGUACGUAAACAUGUUGCAUUUCAGUUCAUGGGAUAGUAAAAGGAAGUUUGAUCUUACCCAGAAGCUUUAGGUAAAUGAUGUCAAUCUGAUAAUUGAAGACAUUUCCCUAAAGCAAAUGGGAAGACAUUUUCUUCUAAAAUUAGUCAAGAAAGUGCUAAGAAAUAGUGGUGCUGCUGUUUAUUUUGUUCAACACAAUUUUUGUGUGAUAUAGAACUUUAAUUCUUGGGGACUAAUGGUACAGAGUAAUGCAAUGACAUGUAAAUCUUUACAGAAGUCUGUACUGGAUCACCAAUAGAUUUAGGCUAAAGUAAAAGAAAGAACUUGCAUUUAUAUAGCACCUUUUGAACCUCAGGAUCUCCCAAAGCACUUUAUAAGUCAAACAUUGUAUAUUUGUUCUCUCCUCUUUGGGUAUUAGUCAUUGGUGGAUGAAUAAUAAUUAUUUGCAAAAGCUUUGAAUAAAAGUCAUUAAUGUACAAUAUGUCAUUUUCUUCAAUUUGGUGGAAUAAGAUUCCAAUGUAGUACAGGACUUCAUGAGUAACAUGGCAGGGAGGCAUAUUGCUAAAAGAAUAACCCGAUAUGCUAAGAGCACUGUGGACUGUAGUUGGACGAUUCUAAAGCUUAACUUCAGCGUCCUGUUGUCCUGAAUUCACAGUUUUGGUUGAUAACUUCCAACCACUAAUCAUCAAACAAUCCAACUUCAAAUCUGUCUUACAACAUUUGUCACUUAUUUUCUGUUUAUUUAUAUGCUGUAUUAUUUUCAGUUUGAAUUAUUUUGUUCUUUUUAGAUUUCAUUUUAACAUAUUCAGCAAAUCAUAAAACUGGCGCAUAAGAACAUAUCAAUUCUAAAGAAAUAACUUUUAUUUCAUUUUUCUAAUCAAAUAAACGUCUUUUAAGUUCACCAAUGCAUUUACAGUAAGUCAAAAAUUUACUGUAAAUUAUGCUUUGACCUUCCAACAUUCUGGUUACAGAAUGUUGCCGUAUUGUAAAGAUGCUCUAUUUGACAGGUAGUGCUAAACGUUGUAUGUAAUUUUGCCUCUGAAGUUUGUUCAUUCGCAACAGGGAUUUCAGCUUAAAAUAAGAGGGGUAAGGAGUGGAGAUUGGGGAUUUUAUUUUGGGCCAUGUUUGUCCACUCCAGAACCCUCCUCCCUUCUCAACUCACUGCCUAUCCUGCCUGCUAAUUUGGCUUCUGGUGAAUUCCGAAUGCAGAGGGAGCCUGAUGUGAACAUGGUGGUCAGACCUCACAGCUGUUUUAUGGUUCUGAUACCCAAUUCUGCAAAAGUGGGUGGAGCAGCCACUGUGCCAGUCCCACAUGUCUUUUUUCAGAUGUACCAUGUCCUAGCCAAAAUUCUUUCAAGAAUAUGCCAGAGGCUGCCAAAAACAGGUAACCGUUUUACCUUUGACUUCCCUUACUGUGGAGCCAGGAGACGCAGGAGUGUGAUUGCAGCUCCCCUGUAAUAUGGAAAUGUAGCAUUUGGUCUAACUUGGAGACUGUAACCCUUCCGGGCUUAAAUCAGGCAAGAAACUGACGCAAAUUAAAUUUCUGCCCUGAGCUAUUUAUAUCUUGUAGGAGAAAGGGGAAAAAUACGGCUUUUGAACUUCCACUGAUGGCUUUCAUUAGCUGGUCAUGGAACAGUCUGCUGUCUAGUCUGGCUUAAAAUAAACACAUGAUAGCCAAUAGCAUGCAAGGAGAACAUCGAGAUCAACAGUAACUUUAAAAUGUAGUUCAAGUUUUAAUUUAAUCAAAUCAGAUUUUGAAAUCUCAGUUGUAGAGGACAACUAUUAAAACAGUACGCAAUUUAUUUUAUAUGGAGCCUAUUUAUAAUACACUAUGCUUGCCCGUGCAUGACUGAAUUCUAAAAUCAUAUGUAUAAAAUUAAUAUUGGCUGUACAGAGAAUGAAUAUUGUAAGUACACAGAUGAACAAAUAUCCUGAUAUUACCUUCUUUCUGUUAAGUAAUCUAGAUUGUUUCCUUACUGUAUUGCUAUGCCAGUUCAUUGGGAAUUGUGCUGGAUUCAAUUUCCAAUUAGUCUUAAACAAAAUCCAGUCUGAAAGGCUAAUUAAUAUUUUGAUCAUACAAGAGAGCUUGGCGUUAUAACAGAUGAAAUGCAGAUGAAAAUCAUUUUAGCCUUGAUAAAGUCUAUUAACAGCAGGCACUUUUAUUUAGUAAAAUAGUUGUACUUUACUGUAGCUAAUUCAUUUCUGUUUUAAUCAUUGAUUUUUCCAUCCUUGGCUAUAACUUUCUGGGGCACAAGGAUUUAUUUUUUGCCUUUGGUACCAUGCUCAAGCGGCCAUGUGAGAUUUGACAAUGAAUGUCAAGGGGAAGAUUCCCUUCUGAAUGCUGAGAGGGAGAGGUAGAUGUAUUUGAUAAUGGCAACACGCUGAAGGUGGCAGAAAUCCUGGGGGGGGCUGAUUCAAUAAAUAUGGAAAUAGGUGGUGUGAUGUCACAAUCCUGCACAGCAGCCCUAUCAUCUCUUGCAGAGAACCCUUUGCAAUAUCUUGAUCCAAUCUUCAGUCACCCUGUUCUCUUCCAACUGUAUCUUGCCAUGAACACACAGGAAAUGCCACACCACUCCUUUUACAAACUUAUUUCCCACCAUCCAAGGCCCUAGAUGCUCCUUUCAAGUGAAACAGUGAUUCACUUAUAAUUCUUGAAUUUAGUACCCUGUGCUUCUUGUGCACUGUGCAGUCUCUUCUACAACAGGGAACCCAUUAGGCAGGUUUUCCAGUCACUUUGUAGAUCACCUCCAUUCAGACCACAAGCAUGACCCUAUGCUUUUGGUCACCUAUCUUUUUAAGAAUGUAUCUCACUCUCACCUUACUGCCCUUGACUUUCUACACUGUUCUAUUGAAGCUCAGUACAGGCUUGAGGGCCAGCACCUCAUCUUUCCGUUAGGCACUUUAUACUCAUCCAGAUUGGACAUUAAGUUCAAAAUUUCAGAUCAUAACCUGUGUCUGUUAUCUUUUUCUUUCCUUUGGAUUUCUUUUGUUUUUGGACAGAAAAUAAUAUUGAUGAUUCUGCUUUUUGCAUUCACACCUUCUCUAAAUCCAUGUUUUAAUUCUUCACUUGGUCCAUUACCAUCUCCCUUUAUCUUGCACCAAUACUCCAUUUAAUGUUUCCUGCUUCAACCCAAUCACAGGCUUUCCCUUUUGUUUUUGUCCACGUUCCACCUUUCGUUGCCUCUGGACUUGCCUGCAACUUGUUACAUCUCUUUUUUCCUCCCUGUUCCAAUGCAAGGUAUUAACCUGAAGCGUUAACUCUGUUUCACUCUUCACAGAUACUGCCAGACCUACUUAGUAUUUCCAGCAUUUUCUGCCUUUCUUAAUUUCAGAUUUCCAGAAUCUGCAGUAUUUUGCUUAAGGACUGUUAAAACACGUCCAUUCUAAUCAAAUUCAAUGCUGACAUUCCCACAUUUGCAUUUCCAGCAAUAUUUCUAAGGAGUCUUUGUUGAUUUUGAUCCUAUUUCUGCUGCUUAACCCCAUAGAUACUAAAACCAGUUGUAGUAUCCCUAUCAGUUCACCAAAGGAAUUCAACUGACUCAGUACGAGGUCGUCUAUUUUUCACAGUCCAGGUGAAGAUUUCUUUUUAAUAAAAGUUAAUCACCCUUGGUCUGCAUUAUUAAAACUUUUGAAAUAUUAUGAUGUGCAGGUGAGUUCUAUGCAGUUAUCCCAUAAUAAGUGCUUGCAGUCGCGCAAAGUUGAUACUGCCCCUUCAUGAAAAUAGAUUGAACACUGCGAGAUGGUAGAGUUAAAGAUCGAUAAUGGAGGUGGUGCCAUGUCAUAGCCGGGCCACAAGCAGGACCCUAUGCUUUUGGUCAUCUGUCAUUUUAAGAAUUUUAAAACCCAGCAAAAUAAGCUUCCUUUGAUCCUUUGUUCAAAGGUUUGAAAAAUGUUUAAUGGUUUGUAUAUGUAACGCAGUAACAGAUGAAAAUUCAAUCGUUUUUAACUAAUAAUACUUGAGAUUGUGAUCUUUUUCUUCAUAUCUUAUCACCCUAAGUGUUAACUCAUUCAUUUAGUUCCACUGGAACUGAUGAAUUCAUGUCAUUAGGAUUUAAUUUUCAAUUAGCUGAGCGUCUGGUGUAUAGAAAUCUGAUCUGCGCUCAAGUUGCCAUAAUGAAUAGAAAUCUUGAAUAAAUAAAGCUACUAACAUUUGCUGAUAUUCAGGAAAAGAUGUUAGAAUCUUCAUAAAGGAGUUCCUAUUUACUUCUUUAAACCUCUGGAAUCAAAAUAACUUCUGACUGUGUUUAGAAAAUUUCCAGUAUAACUGGUGCAAUUGUGUUUUCUGUUGUUUUGCUAUUAAAUGGCACAUUACUGCUUAUGGCUGGUAAUUAUUAUGUAAAUGCUGAUGACAAGGUAUUUUCCUAAUAAAAUGUAAGAUGAAAUGCCAAACCCAAAAAUGAUGUAAAUGACCAAGCUAGGCUGAAGGUUGCUGAUCAGCUCUUUGUUAAUUAAAUAAAUUUAUAUUGCACACUGUGAAGAAAGGUAUAUAUGAUGCAGUUACUUGCUGUCAAAUAAUGUUUGGAUAGUUGCUGUUGACAAUCACAUUGUAUGCAUUGUGUAAUGUGUGUCAAAUACAUUUCAGCAAUGUUGCAGAACAAUAUUUUAUGUAAUUGUGAAUGCUGUAUUUUAGUAUAAAUAUUUUAUGUAAUAAAACAAACCUAAAAGGAAAAAA